CCUCCCUCUCUGUAUCCCUCCAUUUGUGUCGUCAUUGUGAGAAAGCCUGGGAGUGGCCGGACAGAGGAGAGGCAGAGAACAAAGAGGAAACUGAGGACAACCUUCAUCAGGAUUCUCCUAAAUAUUUACGCAGCAUCCUUUUUCAUUUACGGCAGCAGCAUGGCUGAGGGCUCAGUGUCCGUAGCAGAGGUGGAGACAGCUUUCCAGAAGUUUGCAGUCCACGGGGACACCAAGGCCACGGGGAAAGAGAUGAACGGCAAGAAUUUUGCCAAGCUCUGCAAAGACUGCCGCAUCACUGAUGGCAAGAACGUCACCACCACGGACGUUGACAUAGUUUUCAGCAAGGUCAAGGCAAAAUCCGCUCGUGUAAUCACGUUUGAGCAGUUCAACCAGGCCCUGACCGAGUUGGCUCCCAAACGGUUCAAAGGCAAGAACAAAGACGAGGCACUUCAGCAGCUCUAUGGUCUCAUUGUUGGGAAGGAACCUACCAAUGUUGGAGUCACGAAAGUGGCAAAGGCAGCGGCAGUGGACAGACUGACAGACACCACAAAGUACACUGGUUUACACAAGGAGCGGUUCGACGAGUCAGGCAAAGGGAAAGGGAAAGCCGGGCGUGAGGAAAUCCCAGACACCAGUGGCUACGUGUCAGCUUACAAAGGCAGCGGCACUUACGACGAAAAAGUCAAAGAAGCAUAGUUAAGAACAUUUUGUUUAACCAAUAAGCCAAAGUAAGGCUGCUACGAACAAACACGUACUGGCUUCCCUAGUCCCUAUUAAAAUCAAAAGACAUUAGUACAGAAAUAACACAUAGCAUGUUCAACUAAUCAGGCACUGUGAAUUUUGUGUUGUUUGACAGGGACCAAAACACAGCUUGCUUUGUGUAACUCUGCUUUUUAUCAUGCACUAACACUGUGCCUUACUUAAGCUAUACACUACUUAAAUGUCUAUGAUAAGAUGCGCUGCUAUGCUUAGUUAUCUUGGUGCAACAGGAGAUAAUUUAGCUUCCUUCAUGAAAUGACUGUAGCCGAGCUUUACACUUUAUAUGCCAAUACGUGUUGCUACAAGACCAAUCAGUGCCCAUUAUUAUUCUUGUGAUGGAAUCUGUUCAUGUCAUGAAGUGAAUGUAUUAUGUCUUUAAAUAGCUUGUAGAAAAAUAAUGUAAUGAGUGGUGAAGAACAGUUAGACUCCACUGAUUAUGCUAAUGUCAUCAUGCAGUUCACAUCACAGUAUGUGUCCUUCUGUGUUGUCUUGUUUUCUUAGUGGGUUUCUCCCAUAAACAAAACAAUGCAUUUAAAGGGAAGCAAAUGUAAGAAUUUAAAUAAAUACUCAAAAAUAAA